UGCUGUCGGUAUCAGUCAAAGUUCCGAGCCGCGGUUUAAGGCGCUUUGACCGGACAGCAGCGGCUUCAAACCCGCUCACCGGAGACCUUUCUGGGAGUUAAUCCACCCCUGGAGUGUUUGGGUGUGUUUUUUGCUGCACCGAGCAGAGCAGCUCUGCCCAGGAAGCCAUGAUGGUAAAUAUCUUCUUGAGGUGAGCUCCCUGCCGGUCAGUCAGAGGCGUCAUGGCAGAUUUGCCUAUUGCCCCGGGCCAGGUCUACAUCGAGGUGGAAUAUGACUACGAAUACAAGUCCAAAGACCGCCUGAUAACCAUCCGCCAGGGAGAAUGCUACAUGCUGGUCAAGAAAGCCAAUGAGGACUGGUGGCAGGUGAGGAAGGAGGAGGGCACGAAGGCUUUCUAUGUCCCGGCACAGUACGUGAGAGAAGUCCGUAAAGCGCUUAUGCCCCCUCCCAAACCUCUCCAGCCCCCUGCUGCAGCCACCAGCAACACACAGCCACAAAUGGGGGCAGCAGUCCGGGUCAAACCAAAUCAUCUGGACCUGGACAGUUCCAGUGAGAACCUUCAGAGGCGUGAAUCCAGCUAUCGGCACUCUCCCUCCGCGCAGUCUGGCUCCUCUGGCCGUUUCUCACCCCCCAGCCAGACCAGGAACUCCAACCUGCAGCAACCCCCCACCACCCCCAACGAGCACGAUCGAGCCCUGGCUAAUGUUUUUGUUGAAGGCGGUGGGACGCAACCCAUGCAGAGAGGCAGUUCCUCUAGCACUCUGCCCCACACCCAAGCUCGGUCGCCGGAGCUAAUUAGAGCGCCACUGGACGUGGACAGCACCCAACUGUGUGACUCUGCCGGCGAAGACAGACGCACCAAUGACUCUGAGUCGGGAGAUGAGCUGAGCAGCAGUUCGACUGAACAUCUGCAGGUAGAGUGAGCACCGUCACUGCCG